AUGACAUCACAACAGUUUAUCGAAGGCAAAGCAAAAGCCAGGGCGAACGCGGAAUUGGACCUGAAAAGGUGUGCAAACAGCGCUCUCCGAGUUCUCAUCCGCACUUCAGUUUCUAGAUACCUCAAAGCUAUAUACCUCAAGAAAUCCCGGUUUACACCAGAAUGGUUUUGUGCGAACUACUUCCUGUUAGAGGUACAAAAUCGGUCGUACUUUACACUUGAAGAAGUCAUGCUCAAGCUUAAAAGACAAAAGCAGAAUGGCAAAGUUGAAGAGCUCGAAAAAGCCCUCUUGCGCUACUCACAAGCUGCACAUCGCGAAAUCGUAGCCAGACUCUCUGUCUUGCCACGCGAACUUCGCGACAUGAUAUACGAUGAGCUCUGGGCCUUGGAUGCAUGCAAGGAAACACUCAUCGAUAGGCUUAUUGAUGCAGACGACAGGAAUGAUCAACGUAGAGCGCUCUGGAUUCAACAUUAUGGGAAGUUGGACUACUUUCUCCCAAACUUGGCCAAACAGUGGUUUGGGGGGAGGCAGGUGGCAACAGAGAUGCUGAAGGCUUUUGGGAAAAGAGAUGGGACCGAUAUAACUCAUAACCCGUGCGGGUUUAAUUACGACGAGACUUACCACGUCUCGUGGAAAAGAUUACACGACCUGACCACAGUAAAGACGUUUCACUCCGACGUCACGCUGUACGAGCUCCUGGGAAACAUGGCUCUAGUCAUCGUCUUCGACUGCAUGGACGAGAUCGACGGAAACGAGGGUCUAGAGCGUAUAGGCAUACCAGGAAACUUCAACGCAGAACUUCGCCGCUGCAUCAAUACGCUUUCCUCUCUGCGCAACCAAAAGCCUCGCCCUGUCACCUUCAAAUUCGAGGAUCAAACGAGAGGCGUACCCAGCAACAUCACCCAUCUAUUUCGCUCGCUGAGUGGCCCUUUCCACGAACUCCGGCAGUUGGGAUUCGAUAUCAACAUCAGAUGUCAAACCGACGGCUACUUCCGCUAUGUAUGGGACAUGUCAGGAAGGUACAAUACUCACAGCCCUUACACAGACGAUGUCGAUAAGUGGACUCUGCGAGACUGGAGCCUGAACUUCACGCGAGUGAACGAACAAUUCGAGGAAGCUCACUUGAUGGGCGAGACCUUCGUGUUUAAUCCAAAUGGGCCGCUCCGGGGGAGCUUUCGCAUCAAAAAGCAUGUGUGGGAGGCCAUGCGCAAGGAGCUUUAUCGCGCGUAUCCGGAAAUCGACAGUGUGGUGAAGUGGACGAAGAACGAGAGAGCGAUAACUAAGGUUGGUUCCAACGAGGCAGAUGGAGGAUUCGGCAACGGGAAAUUCUGCUGUUCUUUGGACGAGGAACGCAUCAAGUCUUCUAAUUGA